AGGGAGAAGGAAAUUGAGGGAGGGGAGGGAAUGAGAAUGUUGAACUGUGAAAACAGAGGCUCCUCCUUGCACAAGUGUGUGCUUUAUUGUGGUAUCCUCACUCUCUCUCUCUCUUGCACUCAUUCGCUGCCUCUCUCACUCAUUGUCUCUCUCUCAGUCUCUCUCACUCACUCGCUCUACCAUUUACUCUCACUUACCCUCUCUCUCAUCUCACCAUCUCACCAUCUUUCUCAGGAGAACAGGGGAGCGGGUAGAAAUACCAGCUCUUCAGGAACAAAACAUAGCAGCAGUAGAAGGGAAGGAGAAGGAAAGAACAGGAGAGAGAGAAAGAGAGAGAAAGAAAACUAUAGGGUUUGAGCGGCUAGAAGGACUCAGGGUUUGAGAGGUGGACUCUUGGGUCAGUUCUUAUCAGCCUGCUAACCUUUACGACGUGCGCCCUCUCGUGCACCCUCACCUCUACCACGUGCGCUCCCGUGCACGCCUGUCCUCUGACAUGGACCGGGCCGGGGAGGAGGAGAUGGAGCUGCCCAUCCCGCUGAGCGAAGGGGAGCAGCUCAUCAUCCAGGACACCUGGGCAAAAGUCUACCUGAAUUCUGAGGAAGUGGGCGUGGCCAUCUUGCUCAGGUUGUUCGGGAACGAGCCCAGCUCCAAGCGCUUCUUCAGCCAAUUCCGGGACAUGGUAGACCCCCUGGAGCUGGAGUGCAGCACCCAGCUGAAGAAGCACGCCCAGCGGGUGAUGAGCGCCAUCAACACCCUGGUGGAGAACAUCCAGGACGAUGCCAAGAUGGCCUCCGUGCUGAAGAUGGUGGGCAAGGCACACGCAAUCAGAUACAAGGUGGAACCUGUCUACUUCAAGAUCCUGUGUGGGGUGAUCCUGGAGGUUCUUGGGGAGGCGUACCCGGAGUUGGUGAAGGCGGAGGCGGCCGCCGCUUGGACCAAGCUGCUGGCCAACGUGUGCUGGAAGCUCUCUGCCGUGUAUGACGAGCUGGGCUGGACCCCCGGGCACGGGUACCAGGACGGGCAGCAGCAGCACCACGACACCUCAAGCAGCAGCUAGGCAUCAACCCAAGCCCUUACGCCCUUACGGCCCCCUCGCUCCUCCUGGCAUUCUGGAAACUUUUGACUGGUUUUAUUGACGUCCCGACACCCAAAAUAAGCAUGUGCGCUAAAGCGCACCAUGCCCCAUACCAAGGCCUUGUUCAUACCGGUGAAUUAGUUGCCUUUCAGCAGUUAUCGGGAAGAACACUUAGUUCCAAUUCAACACAGUGCAGCUGUGCAGCACUGGCUACUGGGAUACACUCGCCAAUAAAUAGUUCAAUUUGAUAAGUGACUGUUUAAACCCCUGCGCUUCACGUUUGUAGAAAUGUGCGUCUUAUACACGUUGAUCCCUCAGACCACAGAAUCACUUUGAGUCGGAAAACUGUUCAUUCAAGUUCGGAAUAUAUUCUGUCAUAAUUAUGCAGGUCUCAGUGGGCCCCCGAAGCUAAGGGUCAGCUCUGCUGGGUCCUGGAUUGAAGCAGUUGAAGAAAGACUGAUACCAUUUCCAAUUGGUGACCAGGGAAUAUUAUAAUACAUCCAUAAGUAAUGGGUAUGCUCACGUUCAGUAAACUACUAAUGCGCACUCAUGGGCUCAAAUGGAAAUCUGCAAGGGGUAAAAGCAAUGUUGAGUUUGUGGUUUGUUCCAAUGUGUAUCCAGUUCUUAAAGGCCUCAUACAGCCAUGGUCUGCAACCCAAGAAGUUGACCCUAAGAUGGGCCAACCGUCAAGCUUAUUAGAAAAGGUGGGAAAACAACAUAAUGGUUAAAUUAGUGGUGGAUGAAAGAAAUUGUAUCAUAAGCAAUAUAAACAAGGACCUGUGUGAGUGAGUGUGUGUCUGUGAGAGUGUGCUAAAUAUUGAGGCUAGUGCUAAACAUGGCGUUAAACACAUGCUAGAGACCAGCCUUCUCUAUCUAACAACCUAACACAAACUAAAGCUACAGUCAAGAUCUCCAUCUCAAAUUGAAUGUUUAUUUACACAUUCAUAUAAAAGCUUGUGUCAUUUUUUUUGUUCUAUUUACAAUGGCUCCUUUUUCAGAAACUAAAACAGUUAUUGGCUGUUAGUGUGUUUGUAACAGAUAUUGUCUCUGUGUUUUUAUAAAUAAACUAGACUGUAUAAAGAGGAACUAAAAUAUAUAAAGGGAACUUUGCCCGAUCCACCAGCAAAAUGAUUAUGCCAAACUAGGUUGUGCCUUCAACAGAAUUUAUAUAAUCUCCAUGUCAUCUAAAUCUAAAUGUCAUCUUUAUCUCAAUGCCAUAGUAACACUUAGGUUUUUUUUAUCAAUUGCUAUUGAAUUCUUCACUCCUCGACUCAGAAUGUAUUUCUAUGAAUUUGGUCACAAAAUAUUCAUGAAUUUCACGAUCCUUUUUUUUUAAGA